AUGAAGAUCACAUUACAAUCUGGGAUAGUUCCAGCCGUGAGUGCACACUUCAGCACACUGAAGCUGCCAGUGGUUCCAGCUGAUCUGUCCUGCACUGAAGAGCUGCAGACCUGGCAUAGACCACGAACCCAGGGGAUCAAGCCAGAAGCGGUGUCGGAAAUGAUUGUGAGCAAACCAAGGCUCAAGAAAGCAACCAAGGCUGUUGUUAAAUCAACCCUUUAUCCUGCACAUUCAGGUCCUCUCCCUGAUCAGCACUUGAUGACAAUUGAGCCUACAGGUGACCGCAGCGUUAUCUACAGCCAUAGAGGCACAGACCAGGGGGCAGUCAAACAGCCCAGUGUGGUUUGA